UUAUAUUUUUAUUAUCGUCCACGAGGACCACGACGACGAGGAGAAAUCAAACAUCCUUCUCGGCUCUGGCUUUACUCUGUAGGGGUUUAUCCAUUAUCAUCUAAAUUUGAGCAAUGACUAGUUCAGCAGAAGAUGACGAUUUCUCAGUGUUUGUUUUAGCAUCGGAUUUAGGAAUCGACGCUCAACCCUUCCUAAAUCCUUCUGAAAGAGACAGAGAACCCGCUGAAACUUGGCAUGAUUGUCCUUCUUACUUCGCCGACGAAGACUUUUCCGAUCUCGAAACUCGUGAUUUCUUCCAUCUUCAUGGCUCUGAUAAAUCUGGCAAUCGUAUCUUCCGCAUCGUCGGAAAAUUCUUUCCUGCUCAGGUUGUCAGUUCUGAACGAUUGAAAAAGUAUGUUUUCUACAAAAUAUACACGGAAUUACCAGAGGGACCGUUUUGCAUUCUUUACAUGCAUACUACAGUACAAAAGGAGGACAAUUCCCCGGGAAUAACCAUCUUGCGGUGGAUCUAUGAGGACCUCCCUGCUGAUAUUAAAGAUAGGCUUCAGGUCGUGUAUUUUCUUCACCCUGGUCUACGGUCGAGGCUUGCCUUUGCGACACUUGGACGGUUCUUCUUGAGCGGGAACUUAUAUUGGAAAGUCAAGUAUGUCAGCCGCCUGCAGUACCUUUGGGAUGACAUUAAGAAAGGAGAAAUUGAGAUCCCUGAUUUUGUGAAAAGCCAUGAUGACAUACUUGAGCACAGACCACUAACUGAUUAUGGGAUCGAACCAGAUCCAUUGAAAUUGACUGAGGUUCCUUCCAUGUCCUACUCUCUUGGGAGGUAUGAUUAUGAAGAAAGGUGGGCAUCUAGGGAGCGAAUAUCUUGAGUUUGAACACCUCGUGCCAAAGACUUGGCGAAAAAGAACCCAUCAUAAAAUGUAGAGAAUAAUUUAUGCAGUUGUGGAAACUGGAAAAGAAAGUGUAUUGUAAUAUACCCCAUGUAAAUCAUGGAGAUGAUGAUGAUGAUCUAAACUAGAGCUACAAAGUGCCUUUGCUGUAAAAUAUAUAUACUGAGGGGUAAUUGGUUCCUAUGGUUUAGGCUCUUUUAGCUUUGCCUUUGGCUUACAUGCUAUUGUAUUCGUACCACUUUAACUCAUUUAUCUCUAGAAAGAAUCUGCUUCUUUUUUGCUUGUCAAAA